GGUAGGCGACACAGAGACCCAGUAACGGAAAACCCUCUCAGAUAUAGAGAGAUCUUCCUCAAGUAACAGUUCAGAACACCCAUCCUCUCUCCAAGGCCUUUGAACUUCUCUCUCUCUCUCUCUCUCUCUCUCUCUCUCUCUCUCUCUCAUAUGGAGAAAUCAUCAGCUGCAAAAGAAUAUAGUAAAGGAGCAUGGACACCUGAAGAAGAUAGAAAGCUUGCUGAGGUUAUUGCAGUUCAUGGUGCAAAAAGGUGGAAGACAAUUGCAGCUACCGCAGGUCUCAGUAGAUGCGGGAAGAGUUGCAGGUUGAGGUGGUUGAAUUAUCUAAGACCCAACAUCAAGAGAGGCAACAUCACUGACCAAGAGGAGGACUUGAUACUGCGGCUUCACAAACUUCUAGGGAACAGGUGGUCCUUGAUUGCUGGAAGAUUACCGGGUCGAACAGAUAAUGAGAUAAAGAAUUACUGGAACUCUCAUUUGAGCAAGAAAAUAAAGCAGAAGGAGAAGCAAAGUGAAGCCCCCAAAAGAGAAGGCAAGGAAGCUCAGAGGAGGAGGGGAGCAGAAAGGGUGAGUGUGGAAGUGAGAGAGGAGAGUUCAUCUAACGGAGGCGAAGAAUCCAAGACGAGCGUCGAUUUUGACGUGGACGAGUUCUUUGAUUUCUCCAACGAGAGUUCCUUGAAUUUGGAGUGGGUCAGCAGAUUUCUUGAAUCAGAUAAAGGCAUUUGUGACGAGAGAUCAUGAGAGCUCAAAGAUAAUAAAAAUUAUAUGUCAUGUUAUUGUCUUCA